AUGCGCGCUUUCCUGUGCGGUUUCGCUUUGUUCGCGCUUUUAGCGACGCUCUCGGCGGUCUUCUCGUCGUCGUCCUCCUCCUCCUCAUCGUCUUCAUUUGACUUGGUGUCAAAAUCGGCGACGACGACAACCGAUAUGGGUGGAGGAGGACGACGACUGUUGUCCGCAGGUGGCGGCGAAUGCAAACCAACGAAAGAUUGGGAGAAAGUUGGAGGAUUAAUCGGGUAUUUUGUCGGCGUUUUGUAUUUAUUCUUGGGGAUAGCGAUAGUCUGCGACGACUAUUUUGUCGCGUCGUUGGAGGCGAUAUCGGAAGCGUUGGGCUUGUCCGACGACGUCGCCGGGGCGACAUUCAUGGCAGCGGGGUCGUCUGCACCGGAACUUGCGAGUUCGUUGAUGUCGUUGGUGAAUGCGAACGCGUCGUCGUCUAUUGGCGUCGGUACGAUUGUCGGGAGCGCGAUAUUUAACAUUUUGAUAAUCAUCGGGAUAACGACGAUUUCUGUCGGCGACACCUUGAUUUUAGAUUGGAAACCUUUGGUAAGAGAUUGUACGUUUUACGGUGCCGCGGUGGUUGGGAUUGCGACGACGUUUUCAGGAGGCCGGGUUGAUUGGUGGGAAGGUGGGAUCUACGUCGGUUUGUACGGCCUUUACAUUUUGUUCAUGACGUAUAACGAAUUUUUCAUGCGCAAAAUGGAUUUGUUGUGGCCGGAGCGAGCAAAGACGCUCAUGGAGUUGAACAAAAGUCUACAAGCAGAAAUAGAAGCGAGCCAAGCGGAAACCGGAGAAGCACCGAGCGACGGAGGCGAAGGGCGACCGAGCGAAGAGGGAGCAACGCCGAACAUAUCGGCGAUUCUCGCGGCGAAAGCGGCGGCAAACGUCUGGAGAAAAAAGACGAAAACGUAUCGCGACAAAAUUCGCGAAGAGACUGGAAAAGAUCCAGACGAUCGCGUCGGUGUUAGUAUCAGCUCGAGCUAUAUUUCGAAGAGUGCGAUUCGUAAGAUGCGAUCAGACGCGCUUUUGGUUGAACAUGUUCUGAAGAUGCGCGAAAAGAACGGGUUGUCCUCCACCGGCGACCGUUCGACAAACGUCGCGUCGGUACUCUCCAUUGAAGACGCCAGAGAAGAAGAGGAACUGUCCUUCGCGCUCCCGGAGAACAAGAAACAAAUUCCGAUGUAUUUGUUAUCCAUGCCUUGGUAUUGCGUCUUUGCAUUAUGCAUUCCAAACUGCCAGAAAGAAAAGUGGAAAACAUGGUAUCCGAUGUCGUUUCUCAUGUCCAUCGUUUUUAUCGGAUUCAUCACGCACUUUAUGGUUGAUUGGUGCACUAGAAUCGGUUGCAUUUUGAAGAUUCCUCCAGUCGUCAUGGGAACGACUGUUUUAGCUGCGGGAACUUCAAUUCCAGAUGCUUUGAGUUCAAUUGCGGUCGCGAAAGAUGGCUUGGCGAACAUGGCGGUUGCAAACGCCGUCGGAUCGAACGUGUUUGAUAUUUGGCUCGGAUUGGGAUUGCCGUGGCUUUGCUAUUUAUCGUGGCAAACGCCAAAUUAUUUGAUCGUAACGACGAACGAGUUGAUCCCAAGCACGCUUAUUUUAGCCGGGGUUUUGUUUAUUUAUUUCGGAUCAGUGGCGGCGAGUGGGUUCACGCUAUCGCCAAAGAUUGGAUGGGUAUACAUCGGGUUGUAUGUGUUAUACGCCAUCUACAACAUCGUGUGCGUGUGGAUAUUAGACAUAUACAAAAUAGAGUAG